AUGUCGAAUUUGGAUUAUCCAGCCCUUAAUCUCUCUGGAGAUAAUUAUUUAAAAUGGGCCAUGAACACUGCAAUUGUCCUGAAGAUAAGAGGACUUGACAGAUGUAUCAUCAAAGGCGAGUAUGCAACUGAAAAUGAAAAAUAUGGGGCAGUAACAAUUAUUCGCCAACAUCUCACUGAGGAUCUCAGAGAUCAGUAUCUAAAUAUUGAGAACCCUCUAGACCUUUGGACAGAGUUAAAAUCCAGAUACACAAUAGUGUUAUUACCAAAGGCUAGGCAUGAGUGGAUAAAUCUCAGAUUUCGGGACUUUAAGUCCGUAGAUGAAUAUAACUCAGCUCUAAUCAAAAUCGUUUCUAAAUUGAAACUAUGUGGUGAAGAGGUAACAGAGGAAGAUUUACUGGAAAAGACAUUCCUCACAGCUGAUCCAAGGGAUCUAUUGUUACAAUAUACAUACAGAAAAAAAGGUUUCACCACUUAUACGAAUUUGAUCUCGUAUCUAUUACAAGCUGAGAAGAAUAAUGAGAUACUAAAGCAAAACCAGUGA